AUGGAGGAUGGAAGUGUGGUCAAUGGUGAUCAAAAUAUGGAAGAAGUCAUAUUGCCAGGGUUUCGGUUUCAUCCGACUGAUGAGGAGCUUGUAGGGUUUUACUUGAAGAGAAAGGUUCAAGAAAAGCCAAAUUCUAUUGAACUUAUCAAGCCAUUAGAUAUCUAUAAACAUGAUCCAUGGGAUCUUCCAAAGUUGGCAAUGACUGGAGAAAAAGAAUGGUACUUCUUUUGUCGAAGAGACCGGAAAUACAGAAACAGUGCGCGCCCAAACCGAGUGACAGGAUCCGGAUUUUGGAAAGCCACGGGCACUGACAGGCAAAUCCACUCAUCUGAUGGUUCAAGAUGUAUUGGCUUGAAGAAAUCCCUUGUGUUCUACAAAGGACGGGCCGCCAAGGGGUUCAAAACCGACUGGAUGAUGCACGAGUUCCGGCUGCCUUCUGCCACCGAUCACAAUGGUCCUGCAAAGCGGUUUCUUGAAAAAACCAUUCCUCCCAAUGAAUGGGCUAUAUGUAGAAUAUUCAAGAAAGCUAGCUCAAGUGCACAAAGAUCUUUCUCUCAUUCAUGGGUAUCUCCAAUAUUACCAAAAAUCUUUUCCCCUGUUAUCCCUCAAAAUGGUAUCUACUUCAACCAUUUUCACCAUAAACCUUUAACAAUUGAGUCUAUAGCCCCUACCCUGACUAACAACAAAAGCCCUUCACCUUUCACAUCGAGUAACCACGACACUGAUCUUCUAUUUUCCGUCCAUGAACCUAACUGUAGUACUACUACCACUGAUGCCUCUUGUUUGCUAUUCAACAUGGCCCCAUCCGUAAUUGGGGAUUUUGGUAAAGAAAGUCUUGAUCACAUGGUGAAUGAAGAACAACUAUAUUUUGACGCUAGCAGUUUCUCGAUCCCUUGUAUACCGGCAAAGAUCCAAGACAAACUUGGCUGCAGUGAUCAAGGGGAAGAACAUACAACCGACAUGAUGUUCCAAAUUCCAAGCAAUCUUGAGUACUUUGACGACAAAUGGGAUUUUAACACUAACAAUUGUUAUAUAUAA